AUGGCAGAGCUGCCGGGGUCCGAGAUGCCAGGGGACCCCACGCUGUGCAGUGGGCGCUUCACCAUCAGCACGCUGCUGGGGGGCGAUGAGCCCCCACCGCAGGCUGCCUAUGACAGCAGCCACCCCAGCCACCUGACCCAUGGCAGCACCUUAUACAUGCGCACCUUCGGCUACAACACUAUCGAUGUGGUGCCCGCUUACGAGCACUAUGCCAACAGCGCCCUGCCCGGAGAGCCCCGAAAGGUCCGGCCCACACUGGCCGAUCUGCACUCCUUCCUCAAGCAGGAAGGCAGCCAUCUGCAUGCCUUGGCCUUUGACAGCCGGCCCAGCCAUGAGAUGACCGACGGGCUGGUGGAGGACGAGGCAGGCACAAACAGUGAGAACACUGGGGAGCCCGUGCGCUUUGGCUGGGUCAAGGGGGUGAUGAUUCGCUGCAUGCUUAAUAUCUGGGGCGUUAUCCUCUACCUGAGGCUCCCCUGGAUCACAGCCCAAGCAGGCAUCGUCCUGACCUGGAUUAUCAUCCUGCUCUCCGUCACCGUGACCUCCAUCACGGGCCUCUCCAUCUCAGCCAUCUCCACCAACGGCAAGGUCAAGUCAGGUGGCACCUACUUCCUCAUCUCCCGGAGUCUCGGACCAGAGCUAGGGGGCUCCAUCGGCCUCAUUUUCGCUUUUGCCAACGCUGUGGGUGUGGCCAUGCACACUGUGGGCUUCGCAGAGACUGUGCGGGACCUGCUCCAGGAGAACGGCACGCCCAUCGUGGACCCCACCAAUGACAUCCGCAUCAUCGGCGUGGCCACUGUCACUGUGCUGCUGGCCAUCUCCCUGGCUGGCAUGGAGUGGGAGUCCAAGGCCCAGGUGCUUUUCUUCCUCGUCAUCAUGAUCUCCUUUGCCAACUACUUAGUGGGGACGCUGAUCCCGCCAUCGGAGGACAAGGCCUCCAAAGGCUUCUUCAGCUACCGGGCGGACAUUUUUGUCCAGAACCUGGUGCCAGACUGGCGAGGUCCGGAUGGCAGCUUCUUCGGGAUGUUCUCCAUCUUCUUCCCCUCGGCCACGGGCAUCCUGGCAGGAGCCAACAUCUCCGGAGACCUCAAGGACCCUGCUGUAGCCAUCCCCAAGGGAACCCUCAUGGCCAUUUUCUGGACCACUGUCUCCUACCUGGCCAUCUCGGCCACCAUCGGCUCCUGCGUGGUUCGCGAUGCCUCCGGGGUCCUGAAUGACACGGUGACCCCCAGCUCGGGCGCCUGCGAGGGGCUGGCCUGUGGCUACGGCUGGAACUUCACCGAGUGUUCCCACCAGCACACCUGCCACUACGGCCUCAUCAACUACUACCAGACCAUGAGCAUGGUGUCCGGCUUUGCGCCCCUGAUCACGGCCGGCAUCUUUGGGGCCACCCUGUCCUCUGCCCUGGCCUGCCUCGUCUCUGCCGCCAAGGUCUUCCAGUGCCUAUGCGAGGACCAGCUGUACCCACUGAUCGGCUUCUUCGGCAAGGGCUACGGCAAGAGCAAGGAGCCUGUGCGCGGCUACCUGCUGGCCUACGCCAUCGCCGUGGCCUUCAUCAUCAUCGCUGAGCUCAACACCAUUGCGCCCAUCAUCUCCAACUUCUUCCUAUGCUCCUACGCCCUCAUCAACUUCAGCUGUUUCCACGCCUCCAUCACCAACUCACCCGGGUGGAGACCCUCGUUCCGAUACUACAGCAAGUGGACAGCGCUGUUCGGGGCGGUCAUUUCCGUGGUCAUCAUGUUCCUUCUCACCUGGUGGGCAGCCCUCAUCGCCAUCGGCGUCGUUCUCUUCCUCUUGCUCUACGUGAUCUACAAGAAGCCAGAGGUGAACUGGGGCUCUUCGGUACAGGCCGGCUCCUACAACCUGGCCCUGAGCUACUCGGUGGGCCUCAACGAGGUGGAGGAUCACAUCAAGAACUACCGCCCCCAGUGCCUAGUGCUCACGGGGCCCCCCAACUUCCGCCCGGCCCUGGUCGACUUUGUGGGCACCUUCACCCGGAACCUCAGCCUGAUGGUCUGUGGCCACGUGCUCAUUGGACCCCGAAAACAGAGGAUGCCUGAGCUCCGGCUCAUCGCCAAUGGGCACACCAAGUGGCUGAACAAGAGGAAGAUCAAGGCCUUCUACUCAGAUGUCAUUGCGGAGGACCUCCGCAGCGGCGUACAGAUUCUCAUGCAGGCCACAGGUCUCGGGAGAAUGAGGCCCAACAUUCUGGUGGUUGGGUUCAAGAAGAACUGGCAGUCGGCGCACCCGGCCACAGUGGAGGACUACAUUGGCAUCCUGCACGAUGCUUUCGAUUUCAACUACGGUGUGUGUGUCAUGAGGAUGCGUGAAGGGCUCAACAUCUCGGAAGUGAUGCAGGCACACAUUAACCCGGUGUUUGACCCAGUGUUUGACCCAGCAGAGGACAGCAAAGAAGCCAGCACCAGCGGGGCCAGGCCAUCUGUCUCAGGCACACUGGACCCCGAGGCCCUGGUACGGGAGGAGCAGGCCAGCACCAUCUUCCAGUCUGAGCAGGGCAAGAAGACCAUAGACAUCUACUGGCUCUUUGAUGACGGAGGCCUCACCCUCCUCAUCCCCUAUCUCCUCGGCCGCAAGAAGAGAUGGAGCAAAUGCAGGAUCCGCGUGUUCGUGGGGGGACAGAUCAACAGGAUGGACCAGGAGAGAAAGGCAAUCAUUUCUCUGUUGAGCAAGUUCCGGCUGGGAUUCCACGAAGUUCACGUCCUUCCCGACAUCAACCAGAAGCCGCGGGCUGAGCACACCAAGCGGUUUGAGGACAUGAUUGCACCCUUCCGCCUGAAUGACGGCUUCAAGGAUGAGGCUGCUGUCACCGAGAUGAGGCGGGACUGCCCUUGGAAGAUCUCAGAUGAGGAGAUUAACAAGAACAAAGUCAAGUCCCUUCGGCAGGUGAGGCUGAAUGAGAUCCUGCUGGACUCCUCCCAGGAUGCGGCUCUGGUGGUCAUCACCUUGCCUAUUGGGAGGAAAGGGAAGUGCCCGAGCUCACUGUACAUGGCCUGGUUGGAGACGCUGUCCCAGGACCUCAGACCUCCGGUCAUCUUGAUCCGAGGAAACCAGGAAAACGUGCUCACCUUUUACUGCCAGUAACUCCAGGCAUGGCCACACUGCCCGAAGCUGAGAGCGCCUGGGACAUCCGCCUGUCAGUGGGGACAAGACUCGGGUCCUGUUGUACUUGAACUGGUAGCAUCUGAUGAUCUGACGGAAGAAGCUGGUAGAUGUCCGGACUUGGGCUAGACCCCACUCCCAUCGGAGGCAUCCUCUGGGCUUUGUUUUUACAGGCUAGAGAAGUAGCAGAUGAAGUGGUGUGGAAAAUUCUCUGGUGGUUGUAUAUUCCUUUUAAGUUUUCUUUUGAUCUUGAUUACAACGA